CCGCACCCAACAUGUGAGGAUUACAAUUUGAGAUGAGAUUUGGGUGGCGACACAGAGCCAAAUCAUAUCAUAAUCCCAUUUUUUUUGUCAGUCUAUUUUGCCAACAUCAGUCUCUUUGGGAUGUCCAUGCCCUCAGAUUCUGCAGUCUUCAAUCUGGGAAUGGACUGAGACUAGGGCUCAAACAGGUGAUGAAGAAUGCUCCCUGCAAUACGUGUUACAACACAUAGGAUGAUGAGUGUGGUGAGAUUGCCAAUGGCCAGAGAGGAGAGCAGUACCGCCCUUAGAUCCAAGCAAAUGAUGUCCAUGCUUUAGGCCCUGUGUGUCAUGGGCCCAUAGUUUUCCGUGCCGCCUUCACAUUCUUCUCUGGUAUCUGGAACUAAUCAUGCCUGGCAGUGCUAUCCAAGUGGAGUUCCCUGAGCCCUGACCUUGCGGGAUUCCUGGUAGUUUAGCUCAGGUAGGCGUUUCCGGUGAAUGCUGGGAAAUGUAGUCCAUUUUGUGGGAAGUGUAGUCCACUGGCCGGUGGAACACCGGACAUUUUGGCUCUGGCAAGCGGACCGGUGAAUUCUGGGAACCUCACUCCAGAUACUCUGCGCUGUCGCCGGCCCUUUGGCUCAGACGAGCGAGUUUGGGGAAUUCUGGGAAGUGGAUGCAGUCCAGACACGCUGGCGGAGCGAAUACUUCCGGUCUCAGAGCUCGAGGUUCCUACUUUAAUGACCCGGGUAGUUUGAGCCAUUUCUGCGUCUUGCAGGACAUUUUGAACGAGCACCCUUUGCUUGAGGCUUGCAACUGCCCCAUGAUCAAUGAUCGUUUCAGGGGAAAAGAGGCCUUGGCAAAGACGAGGUUUGGAGGCACAAUUCUGCUUUCUCUCGAACUGCAUCAUUCAGGACUCUGCAAAUUCCCUGAAGUAGGAGGAAAAAUGACCACAUCCAAGGUUGGCAGCAAGGGAGUCCAGAAUCCUAGGGUCCACUGUGAGCCAGCCAUCCAGGGCUCAAGAAAGCUACCUGGAGCAGAUGGAAUCUUGACUGAGGCAGUGACCUUCAAGGAUGUGGCUGUUGUCUUCACUGAGGAGGAGCUGGGGCUGCUGGACCCUGUCCAGAGGAGGCUGUACCAAGAUGUGAUGCUGGAGAACUUCAGGAACCUGCUCUCAGUGGGGCAUCAACCUUUCCACGGAGACACUUUUCACCUCCAAAGAGAAGAAAAGUUUUGGAUGAUGGAGACGGCAACCCAAAGAGAAGGGAAUUCAGGAGGCAAGAUCCAAACUGAGUUGGAAUCUGUUCCAGAAACAGGACCACAUGAAGAGUGGUCUUGCCAGCAAAUCUGGGAACAAAUUGCAAGUACAAUUCUGCUUUCCCAGGAAUCGCAUCCCUCAGUACGCCGCAAGUUCCCAGAAGUAAGAGGGAAGAUGACCAUGUUCAAGGAGGCAGUGACCUUCAAGGACGUGGCUGUGGUCUUCACUGAGGAGGAGCUGGGGCUGCUGGACCCUGCCCAGAGGAAGCUGUACCGAGAUGUGAUGCUGGAGAACUUCAGGAACCUGCUGUCAGUGGGACAGCAAGCAUUCGACAGGGAUACUUUCCAGUUCCUAAGGGAAGAAAAGGUUUGGAUGAUGAAGACAGCAACCCAAAGAGAAGGGAAUUCAGGAAGCAAGAUCCAAACUGAGAUAAAGACUGUUUCAGAAGCAGGAACACAUCAAGAGUGGUCCUGCCAGCAAACCUGGGAAAAAAUUGCAAGUGAUUUAACCAGGUCUCAAGCCUCGGUAAUAAAUAGCUCUCAGUUCUCCAAACAAAGUGAUUUACCCUGCCAGACUGAGGCAGGACUAUCUGUAAUUAACAUAAGACAGAAGUCUUCCCAGGGCAAUGAAUAUAAACAGUCCUUCAGUGAUCUCUCCAUCUUUGAUUUUCAUCAACAAUCACACUCAGGAGAGAAGUCUCAUACAUGUGAUGAGUGUGGAAAAAGCUUCUGUUACAUCUCAGCCCUUCGUAUUCAUCAGAGAGUUCACAUGGGAGAGAAAUGCUAUAAGUGUGAUGUGUGUGGUAAGGAAUUCAGUCAGAACUUACAUCUGAAAACUCAUCAGAGAGUCCACACUGGAGAAAAACCAUUCAAAUGUGUUGAAUGUGGGAAAGGCUUUAGUCGUAGAUCAGCACUUAAUGUACAUUGCAAAUUGCACACAGGAGAGAAACCUUAUAAUUGUGAGGAAUGUGGGAAGGCCUUCAUUCAUGAUUCCCAGCUUCAAGAACAUCAGAGAAUCCAUACUGGGGAGAAGCCAUUUAAAUGUGAUAUAUGUGAUAAGAGCUUCUGUGGUAGAUCAAGACUUAAUAGGCAUUCCAUGGUUCACACGGGAGAAAAACCUUUCCGAUGUGAUACGUGUGGUAAGAGCUUUCGUCAGAGAUCAGCACUUAAUAGUCAUCACAUGGUCCACACAGGAGAGAAGCCAUACAAAUGUGAGGAAUGUGGAAAAGGCUUUAUUUGUAGGCGAGAUCUUUAUACGCAUCAUAUGGUCCACACGGGAGAGAAGCCAUAUAAUUGUAAAGAAUGUGGGAAGAGCUUCAGAUGGGCCUCAUGUCUUUUGAAACAUCAGCGAGUCCACAGUGGAGAAAAACCUUUCAAAUGUGAAGAAUGUGGGAAAGGAUUUUACACAAAUUCACAACGUUAUUCCCAUCAGAGAUCCCAUAGUGGAGAAAAACCAUACAAAUGUGUGGAGUGUGGGAAGGGCUACAAAAGGAGGUUGGAUCUUGACUUUCACCAGCGUGUCCAUACAGGAGAGAAACUGUAUAAUUGUAAGGAAUGUGGGAAGAGCUUUAGUCGGGCCCCUUGUCUUUUGAAACAUGAGAGACUCCAUAGUGGAGAAAAACCAUUCCAAUGUGAAGAGUGUGGGAAGAGGUUUACUCAAAAUUCACAUCUUCAUUCCCAUCAGCGAGUCCAUACUGGAGAAAAGCCAUACAAAUGUGAGAGGUGUGGAAAGGGCUACAAUAGUAAGUUUAAUCUUGAUAUGCACCAGAAGGUCCACACAGGAGAGAGACCGUAUAAUUGUAAAGAAUGUGGGAAGAGUUUUGGUUGGGCCUCAUGUCUUUUGAAACAUCAGAGACUGCACAGCGGAGAAAAACCAUUCAAAUGUGAAGAGUGUGGGAAAAGAUUUACUCAGAAUUCACAGCUUCAUUCUCAUCAAAGAGUGCACACCGGAGAAAAGCCAUACAAAUGUGAUGAGUGUGGGAAGGGUUUCAGCUGGUCUUCAACCCGUCUGACCCACCAGAGACGCCACAGCAGAGAAUCACCUCUCAAAUGUGAGGAGUAUGGGAAGAAUACUGUACAGAAUUCAUUCUCUAAAGUCCAAGAAAAAGUUCACAGUGUAGAAAAGCCAUACAAAUGUGAGGACUGUGGGAAGGGCUACAACAGGUGCUCGAAUCUUGACAUGCAUCAGAGGGUCCACAUGGGAGAGAAAACAUGGAAAUGUGGGGAGUGCGAUCUGUGCUUCAGUCAGGCCUCAAGUCUUCAACUUCAUCAGAUUGUUCAUGCUUUACAAGAAGCAUGGCACUGGCAUCUGCUCAGCUUCUGGUAAGGGCCUUGGGAAGCUUUUAGUCAUGGAAGAAGGUGAAAUUGGAGUAGGAACACAGAUUCAAGUUGCUCUCAAGAUACACUUCCUAAUCUUUUAGUUAAAUACAUUUUUUUAUGGAGAAAUACAUUUAUUAGUGGGCAUUCUACUAUAAAGGUGAGCUUCCCCUCCUCUUUCAUUUGCUUAUUCAUUCAUUCAUUCAACUAUAUAUAUUCUAUCAGUGUAGAUCCAGAAUACAGUCUUAUUAAGUUAAA